AUGGGCUAUAUCAGUGGCGUCGCAGGAUUGAUCAUCGGAAGCCCCUUGGAUGUCCUCAAGGUCAGAUUGCAAGCACAGGGUGAUGCCUCGGGGACAGCAACAAGGAGCCAAGGAGCCAGGAACCCCAGUCUAUCCGCAAUGGUCCAGAAUGAAGGGAUCAAGUCAUUGUUCAAGGGUAUCAGCUCACCGAUUGUGGGCCUGGCAGGACUCAACUCUAUCUUGUUCGCCUCAUACUCGGCAUCAAUGCGCUUCUUUGAAGUCGUGGCACCACCAUCCUCCACAACCCCAUCCCUCUACGCAGCAGCGGGUGAAGCCCUCCAACCACUGUCACAUGUCUUUGCAGCGGGAUUCGUUGCCGGCGUCGCCUGCUUCUUGGUCAGUACUCCGACAGAACUGGUCAAAUGCAGGGCGCAGGUCAUUGCAUCAAGACUGGACCCUACAUCCUCGGCUGCCGCUCAAAAGGCCAUCCUGAGCGAAUCAGGAUCUUGGCAUGUCACCAAAGAUGUGAUCAGACGGUUCGGGCUGCGAGGUCUAUACCAGGGCGGUUUGGUCACAAUGCUACGAGAUGCUCCAGGCUAUGGCGUGUACUUUCUUGCGUACGAGGGACUGAAGAGGGGUCUAGAAAUCCCGGCUGGAGAAACGGGAGGAAUCAACACAUGGAAACUGCUCUUUGCGGGAGGAGUGGCUGGAACACUUUCUUGGGCAAGCAUAUACCCUCUAGAUGUGAUCAAAACACGCUUGCAGACACAACCUCAUUUGAUGUCGACAGACGCCUUGAGGACUCUCCCUACUACUGCCACUGCAAGGAUCCCUACGCCAUCGACGAGUCUUCUUUCUAAGAGCCACAUCGAGGCCCGUGGAUUGGUGCACCAGACGAAUCGACAGGGUCACUCGAAGACCCUUUCGAGUGCACCCUACAAGGGCAUGGUUGACUGUGCAAUCCGAUCCUACAAGAGCGAGGGAAUGGGCGUGUUCAUGAGAGGAGCUACCCCUGCGCUGCUUCGCGCCUUCCCCGUCAAUGCUGUGACCUUCUUUGUCUACGAGCUGGUGAUGGCCGAGCUGCAGAAACUCGAGUAG